UUACAACCAAACUCUUCCGUUUGAAUUGAAAACUUCCGCUGAAGUCGCUCGCGCUUGAAGUUUUGGGCUUCAGGUUUUUCUACGUUAUGACGACAAAAAACAGUGAAUAUAAACAGGACCAGAAACAAAUAAAGUCUCUGGAAGAACUACCAGACUCCCCGCUGAAGGAUGCAGUUGAAAAGGUGUCUCAACAUGAGGAAAAGCAAACUAAUGAAAUCAAUGAACACAGGAAGUUUUUGGCUCUCUUCAAGAUUCAAGUUUCAGAACUAGAAGUGAAGAGCGAGUCAGUUUCACUUGAGCUGCACACAGCCGAGACGGAAAACCUCAGGCUGGUCCACGAAAUGGCAGCGUUGCAGAAGCAGUCAGAGUGCGAGAAAGCCCAGUCCAGAGCUCUCUACAAGGAGAACGUGGAGCUACGGCUCCAGAUCGAGCAGGAAGAGGAAAACUUCCAGCUGCUGCUGGCGGGGUACAACACUUACCGGAAUAAAAUGGCAGCUCACAGGGAUGUGGUCUCUCGCAGGGAGGGGAGAGCCGCGGCACAGAAGAAACGCUGCGAGAAGGCCGACUCGGUUAGGAAGCUUAAAGUGAAAAUGGAGGAGCUGAGAACUGACCUCCAAAGACCAGACGGAACUGUAAUCCGGCAAGCACAGAGGGAAAUUGAUGACAUAAAGGUACAGAUUUCUAAGAUGAGGGAUGCUUUCCGCGACAAGACUGCACUGUUGUUGAAAGAACAGGAUAUUCAUGCACAGCUAAAAAUGGAUAUUGAGAUUGAAAACAGGAGGUGUGAAGCAAUUCUUAAGCGUCUCCAUUGUCAGUUGAAGAAAGCCCAGUCUGACAAAAGGCAAAUGAACGCAGAUAUACUUCAGAUGAAGAAAAAAGCAGAAGAUCUCAGAAAAUGUCUUCCAGCAACAGAUUGAAUAACUGUGACUACAGUUCACUUUUAUGGAGCAAUUUGUUGUAAAACAGAACAUCAAAAUAUUUACACUGACAAAAAAAUACAAACUGAAAUCUUAUCUAAAUCCAUAAAGUCAAACAUUUUAAAAAUAAAUCUAAAGGUCAAAUCUAUCAUUUUGAUUGCAUAUGGCAAUUACUAUAUGCAACUGUAAUAUGUACAGUAUGUUACUUUUUUGCUAACCACACAAGCACCAACAAACCCAAACACGUAUCAGCAAAAAUAUACAAAUAUUUUGUAAGAAGUCAGUUAAUGUUUUAGGUGUUUAUAAAUAAUGAAGUUCUGAAAAUGUUCAUUCAGUGUUUGACCAACAAUAUUCAAUUCCACUUUUAAGUAAACCAAUACAAGCUAAAUAAGCAGUCAGAAUCCUAAGAAACUUCAAUAUUUUAAUAAAAAUAUGUAUAUAAUAUUUCCUCAAACAUCCAGUAUAAACAAUUGUCUGAUUUUUUUUUUAUUGAGGACACUAGUUGCAAGUUUUUCUUGGAAUACUUUUUAUUUGUGACCAAUGCAUUAAUACUGUAAAAAGGAAUUGUACUUUUAUAGGCCACAGCAUUGCAUACAGGACUUUGAGAACCUUUUCAUUGUAUACUGCAAUGCAUUUACAAACACAAUAAAUGUUGGUUCCAGUA